UAUUCUCUCCCGGCUUUCUCUCUCUUCAUAAACAGCAGGCUGCCAUUAACACGCUGGUUGCAUUUUCCCUUCCAGUUCACGCCAAACGUCUGCUCUCUCUCCCUCUCUCUCUCUCUGUGUUUGGAUUCGGAUUGGAGAGAGAGAAAUCCUAGCAAACCGUUGGUUUCAUUCAGCUAUAUUCUCUGCAACGUUUUGCUUUCUGCCUGUGUUUUUGGAGUAAUGGAGGAGCCGCUGAUAUCUCUGAAUCUGAAGAUGAAGAAGAAGAAGAAGCUUUUUCACUUCUGUGUGUUGGCUGUCGUCGUGCUAAUCCUUCCUGUGGCUUCGCCACUUAGUGAUGAAGGCAAGGCAUUGAUGUCAAUUAAGGCGGCAUUUAGCAACGUAGCAAAUCUGUUACUGGACUGGGAUGAUGUUCACAAUGAUGAUUUCUGUUCUUGGCGAGGCGUGUUCUGUGAUAAUUCCAGCUUCUCUGUUGUUUCUCUGAACUUAUCAAGUUUGAACUUGGGUGGGGAGAUUUCCCAAGCUAUUGGAGACCUGAGGAAUUUGCAGUAUAUAGACCUGCAGGGAAACAAGUUAACUGGUCAAAUUCCGGAUGAAAUUGGCAACUGUGUUUCUCUCACAAUACUGGACUUAUCAGAUAAUUUACUGAAUGGGGACAUACCAUUUUCAAUAUCUAAGCUUAAGCAACUUGAGUUGUUGAACUUGAAGAACAAUCAGUUGACUGGUCCCAUCCCUUCAACUUUGACACAGAUUCCUAACCUUAAAACUCUGGACCUGGCUCGAAACCAACUUGCUGGUGAGAUACCAAGAUUGAUUUAUUGGAAUGAAGUAUUGCAAUAUCUGGGCUUACGAGGCAAUUUAUUGACCGGAACCCUAUCCCCAGAUAUGUGCCAACUGACUGGCCUUUGGUAUUUCGAUGUGAGAGGCAAUAAGCUGACUGGAACAAUCCCUGAAAGUAUUGGUAAUUGUACAAGCUUUGAGAUCUUGGACAUUUCAUAUAAUGAGAUCUCCGGGGAGAUUCCUUACAAUAUUGGGUUUCUACAAGUGGCCACUCUAUCCCUUCAAGGAAAUAGGCUCACAGGAAAGAUUCCUGAGGUGAUAGGUCUAAUGCAAGCUCUUGCUGUAUUGGAUUUGAGCGAGAAUGAACUUGUUGGGCCAAUUCCACCAAUUUUUGGCAAUUUAACUUACACUGGAAAACUAUAUCUGCAUGGCAACAAGCUUACUGGACCCAUCCCCCCUGAGCUUGGGAAUAUGUCAAAGCUUAGCUAUUUGCAAUUAAAUGAUAAUCAAUUGGUUGGUGGAAUCCCUGCUGAACUUGGAAAACUUGAGCAGCUUUUUGAAUUGAACCUUGCCAAUAACAACUUGGAAGGACCUAUUCCUCAUAACAUAAGCUACUGCACGGCGUUAAAUCAACUCAAUGUGUACGGCAAUCGCUUAAGUGGUUCCAUUCCUCUGGGUUUCCGAAAUCUUGGAAGUCUGACUUACCUGAAUCUCUCGUCAAAUAAUUUCAAAGGAAGCAUUCCUAUUGAGUUGGGAGGGAUCAUCAAUCUUGAUACACUGGAUCUUUCAAAUAACAAUUUCUCGGGGGCUGUUCCUGCUGCUGUUGGUGACCUUGAGCACCUGCUCACACUGAAUCUGAGUCGUAAUCAUCUUGGUGGCCCACUUCCUGCAGAAUUUGGGAAUCUUAGAAGCAUACAGAUAAUUGAUAUGUCAUUCAACUACUUGUCCGGUCAUAUUCCUGAAGAGUUGGGGCAGUUGCAGAAUAUUGCAUCUCUGAUACUAAAUAACAACAAUCUGCAUGGACUCAUUCCUGAUCAGCUAACUAAUUGUUUCAGCCUUUCUGUCUUGAAUGUCUCCUACAACAACUUGUCAGGAGUUGUUCCUCCCAUUGGAAAUUUUUCACGGUUUACUCCCGACAGCUUCAUGGGAAAUCCAUUUCUAUGUGGGAACUGGUUGGGUUCUAUAUGUGAUCCGUAUGCACCUAGACCAAAAGUAAUUUUCUCAAGGAAAGUUGUGGUUUGCAUAACAUUGGGCUUUUUAAUGCUACUAGCUAUGGUAUUAGUAGCUGUAUACAGAUCAAAUCAACCGGAUCCCCUUGUGAAAGAAUCUAUGAAGAGCAUCCAAGGUCCUCCUAAGCUUGUCAUUCUUCACAUGGACAUGGCUAUUCACACCUAUGAAGACAUAAUGAGACUCACUGACAACUUGAGUGAGAAAUAUAUGGUAGGAUAUGGUGCUUCUAGCACUGUAUAUAAGUGUAUACUGAAGAACUCCCGGCCCAUUGCAAUUAAGCGGCUAUAUACCCAGCACCAACACAACUUGAGGGAGUUUGAGACUGAGCUUGAAACAAUUGGCAGCAUCAGGCACAGAAAUGUCGUCAGCUUGCAUGGUUAUGCACUGUCACCCUUUGGUAACCUACUCUUCUAUGACUACAUGGAAAAUGGUUCUCUUUGGGAUCUUCUUCAUGGACCUUCAAAGAAGGUAAAACUUGAUUGGGAUGCGCGGCUUAAAAUUGCUGUUGGGGCUGCUCAAGGUCUCGCAUAUCUUCAUCACGAUUGUAAUCCUAGAAUCAUCCACCGUGAUGUCAAGUCAUCAAACAUUCUGCUGGAUGACAACUUCGAGGCCCAUCUAUCUGAUUUUGGGAUUGCAAAAUCUAUUCCAAUAGCCAAGACUCAUGCAUCAACUUAUGUUGUUGGAACCAUUGGUUACAUUGACCCAGAGUAUGCCCGCACCUCUCGCCUAAACGUGAAAUCAGACGUUUAUAGUUUUGGCAUUGUGCUUUUGGAACUUCUCACAGGCAAAAAGGCAGUUGACAAUGAAGCCAACUUGCACCAGCUGAUAUUGAAAAAGGCGGAUGAUAACACGUUAAUGGAGGCUGUUGAUCCAGAGGUGACAAUCACUUGCGUGGAUUUAUCCCAUGUUAGGAAGACUUUCCAGCUUGCGUUGAUCUGCACAAAGCCUCAUCCAUCGGAGAGGCCAACGAUGCAUGAGGUUUCUAGGGUCUUGGUGUCAAUGCUUCCAUCUCCGCCGGCAGCCAAGCCAAGCGGGGCACCGUCUAAGACCAUCGACUAUGCUCAGUUUGUGAUCGAUAAAGAACGGGCCCAGCUGAAAACGCCACCGCAGAAGCAGCAGCAGCAGCAGCAAACCCAGGGCGAAAGCAAUUCCUCAGAUGCCCAGUGGUUGGUUAGGUUCGGCGAACUUGUCUCCAAGAAUACUCGUUAGAAAGGUCUGCGUUUAAUUUUUGCCAUUUGCCUUGGGGGUUGAAGAAUGGGAGCAGUGUUUGAAUGGAUGAGGUGGAUCCCAAAUUUUGGUUGUGUGGGGGUUUCUGUUCCAAUCUGGAGUUAGAUGCAUGUUCAACAACUUUGUUUUGAAAUAUGGUGUACAACUAAUUUGUAAGUUCUAAUAGAAAAUACUGAUCUGGGGGCGAGGAAUUUACCGUAGUAACCGUACGUUGUAUGUUCUCUCGACGCUUGAUUAGUUGAUACACUGGGAUCUUUGCUAACAUGAAGGGGGGGCCCUUUAGAUAGAUUUGUGUGGUUUUUGUUUGUAAUAUGCGGGCUCCUGAAAUUUAGAAAAAAUAGUGAUUAGUUUCAGGGUUUUAUGUUUAAGAAAACGGAAACCUAAUUAAAUAAAGUGGCGGACCGUGAA